CAGGACUAACCUUAUCACGUCUUAAGGUUAUCUAAGGUACCUUAACUCCGACAGCUCCGUAACUGCCGUGUUAUGUGUACGUCCACACCAAAAAUCCUCGAUUCACAGUCAAGGCGGUUGAGCCUGGUCAAUUCGCACAAGCAAUAUGGCGCCCCUUACUAUCGGCACAAGGAUCAAGCUGCCUAGCGGUUACGAGAUUCCCCAGCUGGGACUCGGUGUCUUCCGAACACCACCAAAAGACACCGAAGGAUGUGUCAAGGAGGCAUUCACAGCCGGGUAUCGACACAUUGACUCGGCAGCAUACUACAGAAACGAGGCCGCUUGCGGACAAGCCAUCAGGACCUCCUUAAUUUCCCGAGACGAAAUCUUCUUUACCUCCAAGGUCCCGCCCUCCAACCUUAGCUACGAAGGAGCCGCGGCCCAGGUCAACAAGACGCUCGCCCAGUCGGGCCUCGAGUACAUCGACCUCAUGCUGCUGCAUGCACCUUACGGCGGCUCGGCGAGGCGCAAGGGUGCCUGGAAGGCCUUAGUGGAGGCUGUCGAGGCCGGCAAGGUGCGCAGCAUCGGAGUGAGCAACUACGGGGUGCACCAUCUGGACGAGCUGGAGAGGCAUAUUGCCGAGCUCGAAGCCGAGCGCGGGGGGAAGGGCAAAGGGGGCGUCAUCAGCGUCGGCCAAUGGGAGAUCCACCCGUGGUGCGCACGCAGAGACAUCGUUGAGUGGUGUUCCAAGCGCGGCAUUGCUGUCCAGGCAUAUAGCCCCCUGGUUGUCGGACAGCGCUGGGGUGAGCCGGUGCUCAAGAAGCUCGCCGACAACUUACAGAAGGGGUUCAUCCCGCUUCCCAAGAGCGUCAAACCCGAGCGCAUCCGGGAGAAUGCCGAUGUCUACGACUUUGAGCUUACCCCGGAGGAGGUCAGCGAGCUGGAGACGGACGAGUACUCGCCUGUCUGCUGGGACCCAAACACGGCGUCGUUGGAUGAGUAA